ACUGUGACUCAAAAUGGUGAUGUGAUUUAUAUAGACAGUGACCGUAACAUCAUUAAACUGUCUAAAGAUAAAGUCAAGACGACACUGAUACCAUACACAUCACCAUGGAGACCAUACAGUGUCUACAGCUCCCCCUCCACUGGACACCUGCUGGUCGGGAUACGUAAUGAUGAAACAGCUACAGGCCAGGUAAACCGUUACACUAAAACAGGUAAACACAUACAGACCAUACAGCACGACAACACAGGUCAGGGACUGUAUAACUGGCCUAUGUACAUCACAGAGAACCGCAAUGGAGAUGUUAUUGUGUCUGACUUCCUCCGAGGUGUAGUGGUGACAGACAGAAGAGGGAGACAUCGCUUCUCCUACACAGGUCCUCCAUCAGGAUCAGGACUAUGGCCACGCGGAAUCUGUACUGACGCGCUGUCACACAUCCUGGUGUGUGAUGGUUACACCAUCACAAUACAUAUCAUUGAUAAAGAUGGUAACUACCUGACACAGAUAGAUACAGUACAACACGGGAUAGUCAAACCAUACGGCCUGAGUUAUGAUGACAUCACCCGCUCUGUCUGGGUAGGAUCAUUAACCAACAACACAGUGAACAUCUACAGACUUAUCUAUGGAGGGGAGGAUCUGACUGAUCCAGACAGUGAUGAUAUAAAUAAAGUGGAUGAGUUGAAGAAGUUUCUGAGGAAGGAGAAGACAACUGUGUCCCAUGCCAGAGGAAUAAUUGUUGGCUGUGCUGAGGCUGGAAAAACAACGCUACUGAAGAGAUUAAGAGGGCAAAGUCAAACUGUCAGCAAAGCUACAAAGUCGUCCAGGGGACUAACAACAUUGCUGAAGAGAUUAAGAUGGAAACGCCAAGAUGUCAGUGAAGUUACCGAGUCCACCAGGGGACUGGAAGUCCAUCAACAUGUCUUCAUUGUUAGAGAUGGAGUUUUAGAAGUGGCUGAUGAUGACUCGCCAUUCAAGUCAUUUAUCAGAAUAAAUGCUACAGAUUUGAAACCAGACCCAAGCAGUAGUGCCGUUGCCAGCUCUGAUGCAAACGAAAAAGAAAAUUUGGAAGUAGGAAGUACUGAUAAAAGUACUGAAAUAGUUUAUAGCCGCGAAGAAAAGAAAGAAGAGAAUGUGGAAAUGUCUAGUUCACCAACGGAGGACACAGAAGAAGAGAACACAGUAGAGGUGAUGGCCAGUCUUAUCUCCCAGGAAGCCACAGCUAUGGUGAAAGAUGAAGUUUUUCAGAAAAUCUUGUCUGAAAAAGAGAAGUUACCAACAGUAAGCAUGCUGGAUUUUGCUGGGCAAUUGGCGUAUUAUGCUUGUCACCAAAUUUACGUAACACCAAAGGCCUUCUUCAUCCUUGUGUUGGACAUGACUAAGAAGUUCGAAGAUGUUGUCGACAGGGAGAAAGAUAACCAAGAAGGAUCAAUCUUCUCUGUGUGGACUUACAAAGACUACUUGAAGUUUUGGAUUACCUCAAUCAAGACAUUUGGAGGCAAAAAGGCACCACUGUUUCUUGUUGCCACACACACAGAGAAAAAAUCUAAAGAUGAAAUAGAGAAGUAUUUUGGGGAGUUUUGGAAAGCUGUACCAGAGGAGGACAGAGAUUGGUUAAGUGAAUCUCUGAAUGAUCGGGAAUAUGCAGUAGGUUUAAAGAAACUUAAUGAUAAUACCAAGGAAAACCUGGAGUCAAUGAAAAAGUCCAUAGUGGAACUAUUCACAGAUGAGAAAAAUACAAAAGUUGAAUUGCCUUCUUCAUGGGCUUUAAUGGAGCAGUUAUUAUAUGAAGGAGGCUGGAAGGUUUUGUCUCUGAGUGAAAUCUGGAAGCUCAACACAUCUCUUCCUCAUGAAUACCAAAUUAAAAGUGAUGAAGAAAUGUCAAAAUUUUUAAAAUGUUUCCAUGACAGUGGCCUUCUUUUGAAUUUUGAAGAAGUGGAAUUGAAGGAACAUGUUAUACUAGAUAUUCAGUGGCUUGCUAAUGCUUUCAGUAAAAUAAUUGCUGAUGAAAACCACAUCACUAAGGACUGUAAAAGAAAAUUAAUCAAAGAAUGGAAAUCAUUCAACAAAACGGGGGAACUUAAAGAUAAAGUGAUAGAUGCUUUGUGGAAAGAAGAACCCUCUUACGUGAAACAUAAAAGUGAAAUUAUGCCAUACAUGGAGAAACUCCAAAUGCUGGUACAUUUGAAUGCAGAUGAAGCUGUAUCAGAAGAUGGCAUGUCAUGGUAUGUCCCAUGUAUGAACAAAAAGCAGUUUAAAGCUGACUUCCUUGAAGAUAAAUGGGAAUGCUCAUCCAUUUUGUGCUUCAGAUUCACUUCCUUUGCCAUGUUUGUUUUCUACAGACUGAUAGCAUACUGCAUAAGUUCUCUUAGGUGGAGUGUUGCAAAAGAUGAAGACAAUGAUGGAUGUCCAUGUCUUUAUCAAACAGCAGCAGUGUUUGAUCACAAUGAACACACUGUUGUUGUUGGCAUAUGUAAUGAUGAUAUUCAGUUGCAAGUGUUGCGAAUCAGACCAUUGACUGUAGACAAAGAGGUAUCAAAUGAAAUUGGGGACUCCAUUGAAAAAGCCAUAGAAAAAUUGACAGAAACAUUUAUUGACACAAAAAUAUUCCACAGAGGAUACAAAUGUCAAAACAUUAUUUGUAAUGAGAGGGAUCUAUCUUUCACCCUUGUAAGUGAGCUCUCCAAAAUCAAGGCAGAAGAAACGCAGUGCAAGUGUCAACUUCAGGAGAAACAUAUGAUAAAUGUACAGACGACUAUGAGUUUUUGGGAAAAGACAAAAAUGAGUGUCUCUAAAACUCCAGUGGCCUCUGGUGGACAUGACCUUGAGGGACGAUCAAGAUUCGCAAAACUUGGAAUGGCAACAAACGAUGUGUUAAAUCAGGCAUACAGAGAUAUACUAGAGAUGGAAGUGCCUCCAUCCGAUAUUGAGAAAAAAGCUAAAGCAUCACCAGCUUACAAAAGAUUGCGUCCAGAGCAAGAACAUCUCUUGCUAGAUGCUAAGCAUUCGGGAUAUAAGGACUUUGACAUUUCAUUAACAUACAUGUUAAUCCGAAACAUUUGUUCAAAGAUCCCUAAGCCAACAAAAGGAAAGUGGGGAGAAGAGCCAGCAGCAGGAGAGGUGACAGUGGGUGACGAUAUCGAGAGAAUUAGGAUAAUCCGAAACAGUUUGACUGCACAUGUGAGUUCAGCCUCCACCCCUCAGACAGAAUUCGAUGACACCUGGUCGACGAUGUCGGAUAUCUGCCAAAGAUUGGAAACUUUCACUGGGAAGAAAUACUUGUAUAAACUUAAUAGCAUUUAUAAAUUGACUUUAAAAGAAGUAGGUGAAGAUGCAGUAAAAGCUAUCAUAGAAAAAAUUGCCAAGGAUCAGCACGAACAACAUGAACUAUUAAAGACAGUCGUGUCAGAUGUUCAAGAAAUAAAGUCUCAAAUAAUGACAUUAAAACGAAAUUGAAGACUGGAGGCAACUUUUCAGAAAUAAUCUUUUUUACUGAUAGAAUGUUUACAGGACUAGUAAGUAAUAUUUAUAACAUCUAGUUGAAGAUAGCGGACAUCUGCAAAACACUCUGAAGUUUCAUUGGUGAAAAGUCUUUGGAUAAGGUUAAUUAUAUUCAUAAACUGAAUAUGAGAACUUUGAUAUUUCCUUUACAAACAAGUUAAUAAGAAAUAUUUGUUCAAAGAUUCCUAAACCAACAAAAGGAAAGUGAUGAGUAGAUCGGGCAACAGGAGAGGUUACAGUGGGUGUUGAUAUCGAGAGAUUAGGUUAAAAGGAACACGUGAGCCCAGACUCAACCCCUCAGACAAAAUUCAAUAACACUUGGUCGACGAUGUCGGAUAUCUUCAAAAGACGGGGAAGCUUCUCUGGCAAAAAAAAAUUUGGAUAUCCUUAAUAGCAUUCAUAAACUGACUUUAAAAGAUGAAAAUGCUAUUUCAGCUAUUAUAGAAAAAGUUAACAAAGAAAAACCUGAUGUGUCAUGUUAAAUAUGCAAAAAGGUAUUGUCAGAAGUUAGCCAGAUGUGAAAAAGUUAAAGCAAAAUUGAUGCUGAUAGCCGAUGCUGCCAAAAUUAUACUUUUUAUACAUCAAACAUAGACUUUAACUUUUACGAAAUUGAAGAUCAGCCUUUAUCAGUUGUGUAACAAUAUAGAAAUCAUGAUUUUAUUUUUAUUCAGGAAAAAUCAAAAUGUUAAGAUGUAUCAACACUAUGUGAGAGGAGAUGGGUGAACAAUAGAUGCAGUCGUUUAAAAAAAUACACCCAUACUGUAUACAUGGUUAUUUUCCCCCCCCCCCCCCCUUGUAAUUUUCGUCCUUUUGAACUUGUGAACAAUUUUGCCCCGUUUUAAAUUCGCCCAGUCAUAGUUCUGUUUAAGAAACUAUGAGGUGUAAUUUGAAUUUGCCCCGUUUUAAAUUCGCCCAAUCAAGGAUAGAAAGGGACGAAAAUAAAACGUGGGCAAACAUUUCCCUGUAUAUAGUAUACACAUGUAAUUGUAAUUGAUUCAUUACCCUAUAAUUAAAAAAUACACCCAUAUAGACAUGUAAUUAUAUUUGAUUCAUUACUCUCUAAU